GCCGGUGUCUUUGGGUUUGAGCCGUGUCAAAAGUUCACGUCCCAAAGUGUGGAUUGCAGGGAGUGUUUUCGGACGUGAAGCUCGCUCAAAGCCUACGAGUCAUUUGCUCCUGGCCUUUCUUGAUUGUGGACAGGAACCUUCACACACAACAUGCCGACCAUUAACGUCGACAAGUACGCCCUCUUCGAGGAGCUUGGCGAGCAGUUCACCGAGGAGAGCUUCCAACAAUUAUGCUUCGAGUUUGGCAUUGAGCUCGACAAGGACACCGAAAAUGAUCCCACGCGGCCCAAGGACCAGGCACCCGAGUUGGCUAUCGAGAUUCCGGCCAACCGGUACGACAUGCUGUGCUUUGAGGGAAUUGCAAUGCACCUAAACAUCUUCCGAGGGAAGCAUGCAACACCCAACUGGAAGCUCCUUGAUAUUCCCGAGAACGAGAUGCAGACCCUAACAAUCAGCAAGGAGACGGCGCAGGUUCGCCCCUAUGCUGCAGGCGCAAUACUCCGCAACAUCAAGUUCACCCAGGCUUCCUAUGAUUCUUUCAUCAGCCUUCAGGACAAGCUCCACCAGAAUCUUGCGAGACAGCGUACCCUGGUCGCAAUCGGUACACACGAUCUUGACACGAUCAAAGGUCCCUUCACAUACGAAGCACUUCCGCCGAGGGACAUCAACUUCGUGCCGCUGAAUCAAACCAAGGAGAUCAACGGACAAGAGUUGAUGAGCUUCUACGAGACCGACAGACAUCUCGGAAGAUAUCUGCACAUUCUCCGUGACAAGCCGGUAUAUCCAGUAAUUCUCGAUGCCGAGAGGAACGUUUGCUCCCUUCCUCCCAUUAUCAACAGCGAGCGCUCCAAGAUCACGCUCGGCACCAGGAACGUGUUCAUCGACAUGACAGCGACCGACCAGACCAAGCUCGACAUCGUCUGCAACAUCAUGGUUACCAUGUUCUCCAAGUACUGUGCCGAGCCCUUCACGAUCGAGCCCGUAAAGGUUAUCUCGGAACACAACGGCUGUACUCGGGUUACACCCAGCCUAGCAACCCGGACGAUGGACAUCGAGGUCGACUAUCUCAAUGAGGUCUGCGGACUCCAGGAGUCGCCCGCAUCGAUAUGCAAAUUCCUAGGCAAGAUGGCAUACACAGCGCAGCCAUCUGAAGACCCGAAAUUCGUAAAGGUUACGGUGCCGCCGACAAGGGCAGAUGUCUUGCAUGCAUGCGAUGUUAUGGAGGAUCUUGCCAUUGCCUACGGCUUCAACGACCUUCCCCGCUCGUCGCCCAAUAAGUCUGUCACCAUCGGCGGGCCGCUCAUGAUCAACAAGCUUAGUGAUAUCGUUCGGCACGAGUGUGCCAUGGCCGGCUGGGCUGAGGUCAUGCCUCUCAUCCUCUGCUCACACGAUGAGAAUUUCGAGUACCUGAAUCGCAAGGAUGACGGCAAGACGGCUGUCAAGCUUGCCAACCCGAAGACGGUGGAGUACCAAGUUGCGCGGACAUCGCUGCUUCCUGGUCUGCUCAAGACCUUGAGCGAGAACAAGGCGAUGCGUCUGCCUCUCAUGAUCUUCGAGACCUCGGAUGUUGUGUUCAAGGACGAGUCGGUCGAGAGACGGGCGCGGAACGAGCGCCACUGGGCGGCGGCGUACUACGGCAAGACCAGCGGCUUCGAGGUUGUGCACGGCCUCUUGGACCGGGUCAUGACGAUGCUGCGUGUCGCGUUCGUCACACACGAGGAGGGGCUCUCUGGCAAGAGCAUCGACUAUGAGGUAAAGGAGAACCCAAGCCAGCAGGACGGUUACUUCAUCAAGGAGAUCGACGAGCCUACCUUCUUCAACGGGCGCGCUGCUGCCAUUUACGUGCGGCUAGGCGGCAAGCUCCAGCGGAUCGGUGAGCUCGGUGUGCUGCAUCCUACCGUGCUGGAGAAGUUUGACCUGAGAUACCCGGUGAGCACAUUGGAGAUUAAUCUAGAGGUCUUUCUAUGACGCCUCUUCGAAGUGAUAGAUGUCGAAUCUGGUCCAGAUAACAUCUGGCACAAAAUAGAGCAGGUUUGAUCCAUUGCGAUAGCACAUUGAGAGGCACUGCUCGAUUGAACGUUGAACAUCUCAGUGUCGAUGAAUCCACACGUGCAUCGCUUCCGUCCAAAUGAUCGUCAGCUCAGACGUGCCACUUGGACGCCGCGCUCUCUCUCUCUUUACGCUUUCUGCGGAUACUGGCACGGAGGCCAUGAUGACUCAUGAGGUGCGCUGCAAGAACGAACUAGCCAUUGGGAUGCCCCGAGACGUCGUGCCAUGCAUGCGAGAUGGGUCCGUCGGUGAAGGAGCAAAUGCUUGUCCUCCUGCUUGCCCAUUAGUUACUGGUGGUAUUCCGGCGCUUAUUAUUGUGUAAAAGUUACGGAUGGCUGUCACACAACGUCUCCGUGAUUCCUUCGG